CUACGUAAUCAACUGUUUUGCGACCGUCCCGCCAUAUUGUGUAUGCAGCGCGGGUCAGCGGCGUGUGUAUAUGGGUAUUUCGUGAGCAUUUUCUCCUUUGUGUCAAACGUAAGGUGUGCAUGAAUUUGCCUGUUCGAUUAACGGGACGUAUCGCGCGCGCAUGAUGGAUCCGUCUAAGUUGAAAGUGGUUGAGCUCCGAGCGGCACUGAGCGACCGCGGCCUCGACACCAAGGGCAACAAGCCAGUGCUCGUCGAGCGGCUACGCAAGGCUUUGGAGGAGGAGGAAACAGAGGAAUAUGGUUCAGCUUUGCAUACGGAAAGUAUCAGUGAUACGGCUUUGAAAGAAACACAAGAGAGAGUCGUGGAAGGUGCGCGAUCGUCGCAACCACCGAGGACGCCUAGUAGAGCGUCCAGGAGCUCCUCAAUGACGACUCCGACGAAAGUUUCGACGAGAAACGCAUCGAGAACGUCUACAACUCCAACUCACUUUUCAAAGCAAUCUACUCCGAGCAAGUUUCAGUACGGUGAGAAAACGUACGAGACAUUAAUGACAAUAUCGGAAUCGAUCUCUGAAGAGCCUGUAAUACAACAAGAGGAAAAUGUCGAAAUGUCGAAAAUCUCUCCUGAAAAGUAUAGAGAAGAGCAAGAAGACGAUACACCAAACAUUCUUCAGAACAAAAUAUAUUCAUCCGAAAAAUAUGAGGAAGAAACAAAACAUGUUAAUAUUUUAGAAGGUAACAAAUAUCGAGCAAAUAUUCUCCAAGUACCUGUGACAGAACCGUCUGAAAAACCUAGUACAAUUGCAUGCGUAGAUGAAUUUUCUAUAACUCAAGGCGAUGAGGCAAAGGUAUCUAAUAUAGACGAAGAUGGCAAGGUUCAGCAGCUAUCUAUGCAAGUGGAAGAUACUAGAAAAGUGGAAGAAAAGCCAGAGAUUAAAGAUGAAGACAAUGAUGUUUUCGAGAAAAGCCAUCAAGAUAAAUUUUCAAUUGCGAAAGAGCACGAACGUGUAGAGGAUAGAUGUAACAUUAAGGGUAAUAUAAACAUUCCGGAAGCUGAAGAACCAAUGCACGUGAUGCCUGAUGAGGUAGCCGAGACGUGUGAUACUGAGUUGAAACACGAAGAAAAAUCUAUUCGUGAUGAUUAUACAGUGCAAGAUAACAAACUGCACAUGUCAAUGCCUGUACAACAUUUAGAUGAAAAAAUUGAUAACGAUGACAUUUCACAAGAUAAGCAGGACAUGGCCGAGGAUUAUUUCUUAAAGCAAAAGGUUGCAUUAGAUGCGGAAGAAUCGAGUCAGACAGAACGCAACGACAGGAAAAGAAUAAGAUCUUCUAGCCCGACGCGAGUCCGUCAGGUGUCUCCUGUGCCACAGAAAGCAGAGGAUGAACCAGAUCUUGACGAAUCAGCUGUAAUUUUAUCGUGGUACGAUUCAGAUUUGAAUUUAGUUAUUAAUAAAGAUGGCUUUUUCUCCGCCACACCCAUGUGUGACGGGGACCUCUGUGAUAUGUGGGCUGGUGCAAGAGCAUCUCAUGGUGUUUUGAAUGGAAAAGUUUAUUACGAAGUCAGAAUUACACAGCACUACCCUGCUAUCGCGAAAGACGAGAAACACUCGUAUAUGCUUAGAAUUGGCUGGUCAGUACCCUCUACGUCCAUGCAACUGGGUGAGGAGAAGUUAAGUUACGCGUAUACGAGCGCUGGGCAACAGGGUACUGACAGAAAGUUCACAGACUACGGUUCCCCAUUUGGCCAGGACGAUGUCGUAGGAUGUUAUCUCGACAUGACGCCUGAGAAUACCGUAGAAUUGUUUUACACGGUCAACGGCAAGAGCGUUGGAUCUGCGUUUAGCAUCUCCAAAGAGGAACUUGGCGAUAGACCGUUGUUUCCGCACAUUCUAAGUAAAAACUGUACGUUCGUCUGCAAUUUUGGCCAAGAGGAGGCAUGGUGCGAGCAAAUCGCAGGUCAUAUUCUAGUGGGUAAUGUCGAAUCGAUAGACAAAGUCACAGGUCCGCGUAGGCCAGAUGGAAAGGCAGAUUGCGAGGUGAUAAUGAUGUGUGGUUUACCCGCCUCGGGAAAAACUGCCUGGGCAACUAAGUACGCGGCCGAUCAUCCGGAUAAGCUGUACAAUAUCUUGGCGCUCCAGAAUUUGCUUGAGAAAACUGGGGAUAUCGCUCUGUCGGAUCAAGAGCAAAACACUUGUCAGCGAAAAAUCAUCGAUAGAUGCAGCCGCGCACUCGACCAACUGAUUGACGUGGCAAGUAGUAGGAGACGUAACUAUAUAAUAGAUCAGAAGAACAACGUGUAUCCUUCCGUGCAAAGGCGUAAAAUGCGCAACUUCUGCGGAUAUCAGCGGAAAGCGAUAGUUGUCUUACCAACGGACGAAGAGUACAAUCAACGUUUGUCCACGCACAAUGCGAUCGAAGGAAAUGCUUCAGAGUCCAAUCUUGCGGAAAUGAAGGCAAACUUCACUGCGCCUUCGGUGGGAGAAUCUUUCGAUGCGGUGGAGUGGGUCGGUCUUGACGAGGAGGAAGCUAAAAAGCUCAUUGAGAAAUAUAACAAGGAAGGUAAAGAUGCUGGAUGCGGUCAACAAUCCACAGCAAAACGAUCGCGUUUUGACAAGACUGAGAGUAACAAGGAAGCACGUGAUUCGCGAAACAGCCGAGACAUUCGAGAUCGAAGAAACAAUUAUCAAGAUAGAGGUCGCAAUACUUGGCGCGGCGCCAAUAUGGGAGGCUGGAGAGGAGAGAGACCGCAAAGGGGUGGUUACAUGAGACACACUGGUGGCUAUGGACCCCCUGUGCCGUGGAGACUACGAGGACGAGGUGGACCAGCGAUGGUACGAGGAGCUGACAGAAGGAUGCCUGGAAUUGACAGGAGAGCGGGAAACGACAGAAACCGAUCUGUUGCACCCAGGCAAGGUGGUUGGGGCUCUAUGAGCGGAAAUUACCAAGGAUCGUCGCAACAAUCCAGUUGGGGUCAACAGGACAAUUGGUCAAGUAACCAGGCCCAGGGAAAUUGGAACCAACAAAGUGGCUGGGGACAACAACAGUGGGGAGGUGGUUGGAAGGGAUACGGCCAAGGCGCGUACAGUCAGACGGGAUACAAUCAACAUGGAUACGGCAACGGUAAUUGGAGUAGCUGGAAUCAACAGUAUUACAACAACCAGUAUUGGGGUCAGCAACAACCGAGUGGGCAGACUACUGCAGCUGGCGGCCAAGCUGAGAUUACGAGCGAAAUGGUUGCAACGACCUCUGCCAAUACGGGAGCAGGAUACAAUUACUCGCAAGGAUAACAGACUUUUGCGCGAGGACGAGCAUACCCGUUCUAAGUGCAGCGACAGCAACCACCACGCAACAAUCUCAUUCACAUAAGUAGAGAAAAGAACUUGUACCACACACGUUACAUAUAUCACGGUAUAUAUACAAUAUAUAUUUGACAAGUGUUUGAGUUUUUCGCGAUGUCAUACAUGAAAUAUUGCAUCGACAUAACAGCGGACACGGCAUUACGCUUUCUUAGCUUCGACAAAGUUUCGCACGAUUUUUUUCAUCUCCGUGCGCAAAGAUAUGACAAGACAAAACAAAAAGUUCCCUUGCAUUUCAACAAAUACAUUGUGAGAAAAUCAAUUUUGAAAUGUAAUACUAAAGGAUGAAUUUCGAUUCUUACCGGAAACACAGGUCUAAUAUUAUAAGUGCAUUAACGACAAUGUAACAUUCGCGAGAAAGAAUAUAACUUUUUAUCGCAUCUUUAAAAACUGUAAGGAGAGAAGGUAAGAGAGAGAGAGAGAGAGAGAGAGAGGAAGAGUACUACGUAUGGGUACAAACCACGCAAGUAGUAUUAAAAGAUGAAAAGAAAAGAUAGCAAUCACCCUGAAAAGCUCGUGUAAAUAUGUACAGAUCUAAAGUAAAGAAAUUACACAGAAAAAUAUCUAUUUAUACAUUGAAUAGAUUUAGCGAAUUUGCUUGGAUGCAUCGGUGCACGUUAAAAACUGUUUUAUGCAAAUUGACGUAUGAUUUGACAUAUAUAUUAUAAUUGACAUUGAAUAAUGUGUACGUAAGCAGUUGAACUUGAGAUAAGAUUUCCAAAGUCCAACGUAAGUUAUCUAAUAUAUACGGUGUGUGUCAUUUGUUGACCAUUUCAUCAAUCGCGCAUAUGUUUUUACCGUAACAGUGAGCGACAGGCUUUAAUCUGCACCAGAGAGAAUUCGCUAAUAGUAAAACUUAGCAGUGCCCUCUUAGAGAGAAAAAUUGCAAAAAAAAGAUAUAUUGUAUAUCGUUUAUCCCUAUUCUUAUCUUUCUACAUCACCGACAAUGUAUAAAAAGAAAAAUAUUGUGGCGCAAAUAAAUUAUUCUUGGACACACGUUUUAUACAUGCAGAUUUUUCAUUGCACAACACGACACGGACAGUCUUGCUAUAAUUAACUUGGUUUAUUAAACAGUUUGAAAUAUAUUAUUUGUAUCUCUACUGUAUCUUCUAGUUACACGGAAUACUUUCCUCUGAUAUAGUUGUUACUCGUAAUGCAUAAACAUCAUUUUGCUGAUUGUAUACUUUUUGAAUGUAUUGCAUGAGAGAGAACGGCAUUAUCUAUUUAACAUUUAAUUUAGCACAUUGGUCUCAUCUGUUCUAUACGGUAUUCGAUUUGUAAUGCAUUUGUUACCCUACGUACUUCCUCUGCUAGAGAAUAAUUAAAAUCGACUUCUUUAUUACAUCCUCGCUCGAGGAAAUAAAGAACAAACGCCUCACAAUAUCUCAGCUGCACCUUAUUAAUAAUAUAUUUUUAUAUGUAUACAUAAUAUAUAUUUAUACGCGCACACACAAGCUAGUAUGUAUGUGUCCUCUGUGUGUGUGCGUGCGUGCGCGCGCGCGCGCGCGCGUGUGUGUGUGCGUGCGUGUGUGCGUGUAUAAUUUUGAUUCUGAGAAUAUAAUCUUUCGAAGCAGUGUUUACAUACAGAUUAUUCACGAUUAAUGAAUCAAAAAUUAUGUCAUGUAACGACGAUAAAUGUAACUUACAUCGGACAUCUACAAAUCAUCUUUUAAUUGUAUCGUUUGGAAGAGCGAAUAUAUAGGUCUCACACGAACAAGACACGACAAGGAUGAUCCAUUUCUUACGAUUUUCAUUCGCAGAAAGGAUCUUUUUUAUGUUCAAAGGAUGAUUGUCUCAUUAGCUCGUUUUUUUCUCCGUACAUAUUGUACAGUGUGUGAUGUUUCGAGCUAAAGUACUUUUGUGUGAAAUCGAGAAUAAUUUAAGUAAUGAUUAAAUGUAACGAUACGCAAAGUUAAAUAUAAUUAAGAGAUAUUAGAAGAGACGAGAGUAAAAGGAGGUGGUGAGCUAUUUUUUAAGAAAUAAUCAGGAACUCUAUUUAACCUACACCUACACGCGUAGCAUAAGCUAGUACCUCUGUGUUACCAUAAGCGAAGAAUAAAAGAAAGAGCCACAAAGUUGUAGGCUGCAUUAUGUAAUGACGAUAAUCACACAUAGUAAUUUCUUUUCUAUAUGAUGCAAAAUAAAAUUAAUGCAUAACCUGUAAACUUAAUUGUUGACACAAAAAUGUACAAACAUAUUCAUAAAAAUAAAAGGGUUCUUCUAUUUA